AUGGAGACUAGACACGACCCAAAGAUGCCACUCAAAGUCGAACGCUGCACCGAGAAAGACAUCCCCCGCGUCUUCGAAAUAGUCUCCUUAGCCUUUGCCAACGACCAUGAAUACGUUGACGCUGUCUUCCCAGCACAUAAUAGCCCCAGAGGCCGCAAGGUAGGCAGCGAGCGCAUGCUCGCAAUAUUCCAAGGGGACUCUUACGGCACCUUCCUCAAGUGCACCGACACGGACACCGGAAAGAUUAUCGCGGCUGCGAAAUGGAACAUUUACAAGGGCGGACCCAUCCCUCCGCAGCCGGAGCUCGAUGGUGACUACUGGGAGAACCAGGAGGACAAGAGGUUUGCACAAGCUCUGUUUCAUGGAUUCUUUGCGCCGAGACAGAGAGCUAUUGAGGAAACUGGCGCGAGAUUAGUUGCGCUUGAUAUGUUGAUGUGCGAUCCUGAUCACCAAGGCCAAGGUGCCGGGAGGCUGCUGGUGAAAGCGGGCCUUGCUAUCGCUGAUGAAAUGGGUGUCGACGCGGUGGUUGAAGGCUCGGAUCGAGGGAGAAAACUGUACGCAUCAGAGGGCUUUGACGGCCCUCAUUACGUGUGUCCCGUUCCCGACGAAUUCGCUACCCGUCGUAAACAGACUUAUUGGUGGAUGCGCCGACCCAAGACCAGUGUCUUGAAGAGAGACCAGUGA